GCGAGCCUAUCGCGCUGCAUUUGUCAUUCCUGCCCGGGCGACAUUUUUUUUUCCCUAAGCUACUGCACACUAAACAGAGUGAGAGAGCUUUUCCCUGCAGUCUUCUUGAAGCCCCCCUGGUUUUUUGCUCAUUGUUGGUGGGUGUAUUUUAAUUUUUUCAUUCCCUGGACUCUGGGUUAUGAUAUCAAUAUUCACUGAAGACAAAAAGCCACCUUUUCUCCGUCUGGGUGGCAGGCAUGUGUCUCAUCAUCCUUUCAAACUUGUGGUGGAACAGGGUUUUCUUCCCUGUCUGUGUAUUUUGAGCCAGCACAGUUACCAAAAUUGAACUUGUCUUUCGCUUGUGAGCGGUUGUGGUCCUUGUGAGGGCGGGUCAUGCGGAGGCUGUAGCCAAGGACGAGGUGUGUGCAGCUGUUGCCUGGACGUUUGUCCAAUCCACAUUGACAUUUGAGGGAUCACAGCGUGUGAAAAUGAACUCAGAGAAGAGUUGGUGAAUUCCUAUCCAGUGAGCAUCUUCAAACCCUGGUCGACGGCAGAAGACUAUCAGGUCCCGAGAUCACCCACCCAGCGCGGCAACAGUGCAGAGUGGCCACAUCUGGUGGAAGAAGAAAAAAAUGUAGUUAUUGAAUUCAAUCAAGUGUUUGCAUCUUUCAAGCUAUCAACAAAAUUCCAUCAAGAAAGGUUCCAGUUGGUCUCACAGACAUAUGGAUAUCCGAGGAGCCACCUAAAGAUGGAGAAAUCAAGGCACAGAGAGAUUAAGUGACUUUGCCACAGUCACAAGCUGGAGAGGACCAGGAGUAGAGCUUAGAGCGAGCCCCUGACUCUGGGCCUGCAUCCUGCCAGGAGUCACGCUGCCUCCGUUCCUAGGAGAGAAGACUUCCUGUAAGAUGGAGGUGGACACCGAGGAGAAGCGGCAUCGCACGCGGUCCAAAGGGGUUCGAGUUCCCGUGGAACCAGCCAUACAAGAGCUGUUCAGCUGUCCCACCCCUGGCUGUGACGGCAGUGGUCAUGUCAGUGGCAAAUAUGCAAGACACAGAAGUGUAUAUGGUUGUCCCUUGGCGAAAAAAAGAAAAACACAAGAUAAACAGCCCCAGGAACCCGCUCCUAAACGAAAGCCAUUUGCCGUGAAAGCAGACAGCUCCUCAGUGGACGAGUGUGACAGUGAUGGGACUGAGGACAUGGAUGAGAAGGAGGAGGAUGAGGGGGAGGAGUACUCCGAGGACAAUGAGGAGCCAGGGGAGGAGGACGAGGAGGACGAGGAGGGGGACCGGGAGGAGGAGGAGGAGAUCGAGGAGGAGGAUGAGGACGAUGACGAGGAUGGAGAAGAUGUGGAGGAUGAAGAAGAGGAAGAGGAGGAGGAGGAGGAGGAGGAGGAAGAGGAGGAAGAAGAAAACGAAGACCAUCAAAUGAAUUGUCACAAUACUCGAAUAAUGCAAGACACAGAAAAGGAUGAUAACAAUAAUGACGAAUAUGACAAUUACGAUGAACUGGUGGCCAAGUCAUUGUUAAACCUCGGCAAAAUCGCUGAGGAUGCAGCCUACCGGGCCAGGACCGAGUCAGAAAUGAACAGCAAUACCUCCAAUAGUCUGGAAGAUGAUAGUGACAAAAACGAAAACCUGGGUCGGAAAAGUGAGUUGAGUUUAGACUUAGACAGUGAUGUUGUUAGAGAAACAGUGGACUCCCUUAAAUUAUUAGCCCAAGGACACGGUGUUGUGCUCUCAGAAAACAUGAAUGACAGAAAUUAUGCAGACAGCAUGUCGCAGCAAGAUAGUAGAAAUAUGAAUUAUGUCAUGUUGGGGAAGCCCAUGAACAAUGGACUCAUGGAAAAGAUGGUGGAGGAGAGCGAUGAGGAGGUGUGUCUGAGCAGUCUGGAGUGUUUGAGGAAUCAGUGCUUCGACCUGGCCAGGAAGCUCAGUGAGACCAACCCGCAGGAGAGGAAUCCGCAGCAGAACAUGAACAUCCGUCAGCACGUCCGGCCAGAAGAGGACUUCCCAGGAAGGACGCCGGACAGAAACUACUCGGACAUGCUGAACCUCAUGCGGCUGGAGGAGCAGUUGAGCCCCCGGUCGAGAGUGUUUGCCAGCUGUGCGAAGGAGGACGGGUGUCACGAGCGGGACGACGAUACCACCUCUGUGAACUCGGACAGGUCUGAAGAGGUGUUCGACAUGACCAAGGGGAACCUGACCCUGCUGGAGAAAGCCAUCGCUUUGGAAACGGAAAGAGCAAAGGCCAUGAGGGAGAAGAUGGCCAUGGAAGCCGGGAGGAGGGACAAUAUGAGGUCAUACGAGGACCAGUCUCCGAGACAACUUCCCGGGGAGGACAGAAAGCCUAAAUCCAGUGACAGCCAUGUCAAAAAGCCAUACUAUGGUAAAGAUCCCUCAAGAACAGAAAAGAAAGAGAGCAAGUGUCCAACCCCCGGGUGUGAUGGAACCGGCCACGUAACUGGGCUGUACCCACAUCACCGCAGCCUGUCCGGAUGCCCGCACAAAGAUAGGGUCCCUCCAGAAAUCCUUGCCAUGCACGAAAGUGUCCUCAAGUGCCCCACUCCGGGCUGCACGGGGCGCGGGCAUGUCAACAGCAACAGGAACUCCCACCGAAGCCUCUCCGGAUGCCCGAUCGCUGCAGCAGAGAAACUGGCCAAGGCACAGGAAAAGCACCAGAGCUGCGACGUGUCCAAGUCCAGCCAGGCCUCGGACCGCGUGCUCAGGCCAAUGUGCUUUGUGAAGCAGCUGGAGAUUCCUCAGUAUGGCUACAGAAACAACGUCCCCACAACUACGCCGCGUUCCAACCUGGCCAAGGAGCUCGAGAAAUAUUCCAAGACCUCGUUUGAAUACAACAGUUACGACAACCAUACUUAUGGCAAGCGAGCCAUAGCUCCCAAGGUGCAAACCAGGGAUAUAUCCCCCAAAGGAUAUGAUGAUGCGAAGCGGUACUGCAAGGACCCCAGCCCCAGCAGCAGCAGCACCAGCAGCUACGCGCCCAGCAGCAGCAGCAACCUGAGCUGCGGCGGGGGCAGCAGCGCCAGCAGCACCUGCAGCAAGAGCAGCUUCGACUACACGCACGACAUGGAGGCGGCCCACAUGGCGGCCACCGCCAUCCUCAACCUGUCCACGCGCUGCCGCGAGAUGCCGCAGAACCUGAGCACCAAGCCGCAGGACCUGUGCGCCACGCGGAACCCUGACAUGGAGGUGGAUGAGAACGGGACCCUGGACCUCAGCAUGAACAAGCAGAGGCCGCGGGACAGCUGCUGCCCCAUCCUGACCCCUCUGGAGCCCAUGUCCCCCCAGCAGCAGGCAGUGAUGAACAACCGGUGUUUCCAGCUGGGCGAGGGUGACUGCUGGGACUUGCCCGUAGACUACACCAAAAUGAAACCCCGGAGGAUAGACGAGGACGAGUCCAAAGACAUUACUCCAGAAGACUUGGACCCAUUCCAGGAGGCUCUAGAAGAAAGACGGUAUCCCGGGGAGGUGACCAUCCCAAGUCCCAAACCCAAGUACCCUCAGUGCAAGGAGAGCAAAAAGGAUUUAAUAACUCUGUCUGGCUGCCCCCUGGCGGACAAAAGCAUUCGAAGUAUGCUGGCCACCAGCUCCCAAGAACUCAAGUGCCCCACGCCUGGCUGUGAUGGUUCUGGACAUAUCACCGGCAAUUAUGCUUCUCAUCGGAGCCUUUCAGGUUGCCCGAGAGCAAAGAAAAGCGGUAUCAGGAUAGCACAGAGCAAAGAAGAUAAAGAAGAUCAAGAGCCCAUCAGGUGUCCAGUCCCCGGGUGCGACGGCCAGGGCCACAUCACUGGGAAGUACGCAUCCCAUCGCAGCGCCUCCGGGUGCCCCUUGGCAGCCAAGAGGCAGAAAGACGGGUACCUGAAUGGCUCCCAGUUCUCCUGGAAGUCGGUCAAGACGGAAGGCAUGUCCUGCCCCACACCAGGGUGCGACGGCUCAGGCCACGUCAGCGGCAGCUUCCUCACACACCGCAGCUUGUCAGGAUGCCCGAGAGCCACAUCAGCGAUGAAGAAGGCAAAGCUUUCUGGAGAGCAGAUGCUGACCAUCAAACAGCGGGCCAGCAAUGGUAUAGAAAAUGAUGAAGAAAUCAAACAGUUAGAUGAAGAAAUCAAGGAGCUAAAUGAAUCCAAUUCCCAGAUGGAAGCCGAUAUGAUUAAACUCAGAACUCAGGUAACAAUUACCACGAUGGAGAGCAACCUGAAGACCAUCGAAGAGGAAAACAAAGUGAUUGAGCAGCAGAACGAGUCUCUCCUCCACGAGCUGGCGAACCUGAGCCAGUCUCUGAUCCACAGCCUGGCUAACAUCCAGCUGCCUCACAUGGAUCCAAUCAAUGAACAAAAUUUUGAUGCUUACGUGACUACUUUGACGGAAAUGUAUACAAAUCAAGAUCGUUAUCAGAGUCCAGAAAAUAAAGCCCUACUGGAAAAUAUAAAGCAGGCUGUGAGAGGAAUUCAGGUCUGAACAGCUGCUGUAGUGAUGAAACUCUUGCUUAAAAAGGAUGCCUCUUGUUUUUUGCUGCUGUAACUUACCAGAAAGUGUUCUAUAUUUAUUUCUGUUUGAAACAGUGUUAUGCUUACAAGACUUCAUAAUGAUUUUAUGUCUUGCUUUAAAGAUAGUACCUGCAGAAUAGUUUUUGAAUACACCCACAUUUUGUACGUUUCCAUGUAAGCUGACAUAGUGUUCUGCCAUGUAAUGUUUAUAGCUGCUGAUGUAUGCACAUUUGGGGGUAUAUCUAUUUCUGAAGAGGUAAGCUGAUCAAAAUAAAUAGAGUGUAAAUUCUUUUUAAUGCUUUAGUGAUUAAAUGUUUUAAUAUUUUGAACUGAAAUGGACACACAAACACACACACACACACAAAAACCCACAGCUUUGAAUGACCAUGUUGUGGCCGACCAGCCGCUUUUUAGAUGUUAUCAUUUGCCUCAUGUUGGAGGACUUUAUGGAAUUUAAGAAAUACAUUUUGUGUGCAUAUUGUUUCAUAGCAAGAAUUGGUUGCAAAAAUGCUUUAUUUUUGAACAAUGCUUGGAAAUAUUAUGUGACUUUUUUGUUUGUUUGUUUUAGGAGGAUGGUGUAUGGUGGGGGCAAUAAAUGAGGUUUUUUGCAUUCCAAGGAAAUGGCAUAUGGAUUAACUGUAAGAAAUGAAAUAAGUAAUUUAUUGUAAGACAACAUCAAGCCAUGGAAACUUGGCAGAAGAUUCAAAGCAGCUUAAACAGCACUUUUAAAUUAACUCCUAAGCAUUACAUGGUGUGACUGUGGAAACUCCAGUUCAGACAGGAUCUUAUCAGAGGUGGACCACGUGAAGAUUUCCUUUUCCAUUCUCAAUAAACUUUGGAACGACCUUCUUGUAUCUCCCCUAGAGUUUCGUGCCCCUCUGAACUGUCUGUUAUUGCAAUGUAGUUUAUCAACAGAAUUUGUGUGUUUUCGAUUUAAGCUAAAAGAUAAUUUAAGAACAUUUAUUUCCCCUUUUCACUUUAAAAAAUUAUGAUUAUUCCUAUUAUUGUUAUGAACCUUCUUAUUUUACAUUUGAGGGAUAAAGGCAAAUGAUUUGUGAGUCUUCUAGUUACCGGACCGAGUUUUCUGCUGGAUCUGGUGGGAAGGCAGCUCGGUAAAGUUUCUCUCCUGCUCCCCCCGCCCGACUUUGACUCUGAAUAAGCAUUUGGUCCUAUUCAGAGGACUCUUACACGACGUUUCUGUUCUACACUUGGUUGGAGACCAGUUGACCAUAGAGCAUUUGCAGAGCCUUGUUGUUUGAUUUCUUGUGACUAUUCUAAGAAUGAAUGCAAUCAGAUUUUAAAAGUAACUAAAUAUACUUCAGCACUUUUUUGCUUUAAACUAGAUCAUCUUAGACUUGUUUAUACCUUCCAGAUUUGAUUGUUUUACUCCAAAUGACUGCACUAUAUGUAUGCAUAAGACCACUUUUGAGCGCUGCGUUCCCCCUUCUCAGUAGUCCUUUGACGAUGUGUUGUGUUUUCUGAUGUUGACUUGAUUUCCAUUUAAUAGCAUCUCUUCCUUCCAUGUCUUGAUGUUAUGCAGGAAGUACAGACAUACUUUAAAUUUUUGUUAUGAAAUAAAAAAAAAGAUGGAUUUUGUAAAAAUAAAAAAAAAAUAUUUUUAGCAGAACAGGACUUACAGGGUCAUUGUCCCCACAAUGUGCCAGUCGACUAUUUGCACUUACCUUGUUCUAUAUAUCCGUACGGAGGUGUGCAAUUCCUCGUGUCAGUAGCCUUGUGACACUGAACCUGGAUGGAUUGUAGAGGAGCCCUCACGGCUGAUCAAUAAUGUUGCGAAGGGAGACUACAGGGAUCUCACGACAAAUAUUCUGAUACAAUACUCAACCUCGGUAUAUAUAUAUGUAUAAAUAUAUGUAUAUCCCAGCGGCACUUUAUACUGUUCACUGUACAAAAGCUUACAGUUGUCCACAAGGACUUUAAUAACUAGCUGGGAAAAAGAUGAUGUAAUUACUUCGGGGCUCUGUGGAACCUUCCCUGUACAGCGCCCCCUUUCUGUUGUGCUAUUGGUUGCAGCUGCCAUGCUCAGAAUGCGUUUUGAGAGCUGAAGCAAGGUGCUUGCAGUCACCUGAGGCCGUCCUUGUGGCCCAGGGCCCCCGCCGCCUUUAGGGCCCCCAUUGUUCAUAACAGCAUAUGCAUUUCCCCACCGCGUUGUGUCUGCAGCUUCUUUGCCAAUAUAGUAAUGCUUUUAGUAGAGUACUAGAUAGUAUCCGUUUUGGAUUCUUAUUGUUAUCACCUAUGUACAAUGGAAAGGGAUUUUAAGCACAAACCUGCUGCUCAUCUAACGUUGGUACAUAAUAUCCAAUCAAAAGUUAUCUGUGACUAUUAUAUAGGGAUCACAAAAGUGUCACAUAUUAGAAUGCUGACCUUUCAUAUGGAAUUAUUGUGAGUCAUCAGAGUUUAUUAUAACUUAUUGUUCAUAUUCAUUUCUAAGUUAAUUUAAGUAAUCAUUUAUUAAGACAGAAUUUUGUAUAAACUAUUUAUUGUGCUCUCUGUGGAACUGAAGUUUGAUUUAUUUUUGUACUACACGGCAUGGGUUUGUUGACACUUUAAUUUUGCUAUAAAUGUGUGGAAUCACAAGUUGCUGUGAUACUUCAUUUUUAAAUUGUGAACUUUGUACAAAUUUUGUCAUGCUGGAUGUUAACACAUCUUACUCUAAAUAAAAAAGGUGUUGCCACAUUUGUAGCACGAAGGAUCUCUAA